AUGGCUAAUUUCUAUUUUUUUGAAGGGACUCUAUCGCGUAUCCUUGACUUUUGCGAGUUGGUCGGCGAAGAUAUUCAACUGCCAGAAUAUAUGGCUCAGUUCGCGGGGUUGCAUCGACGACAAGAUGAUCAAGUCAGUCAUAGUGAUGGAGGUUACUAUUCCACCGCCGACGUUGAAUCGAACUGGAGCGCAGAGCUACAGACUCUUGAGGGCCAUUCGGAUUCGGUUCAAUCGGUAGUAUUCUCGGCCGACGGCCGACUACUGGCUUCCGGCUCUAGUGAUGAGACAGUGCGACUCUGGGACGCCGCAACAGGCGUCCUACAACAGACCUUCGAGGCCUGUCUGAACUCAGUUUGGUCAGUAUCAUUCUCGCCUGAUGGCCGGCUAGUGGCGUCCGGCUCUAUUGACGAGAUAGUACGGCUCUGGGACACCGUGACCGGUGCCGGCCAUUCAGAUUUAAUUUGGUCGGUAGCAUUCUCGCCCGACAGCCGAAUGCUAGCAUCCGGCUCUAGCGACGAGACAAUACGGCUCUGGGACACAGCAACCGGCGUGUUACAACAGAGUCUUAAGGGCCAUUCAGAUUCGGUUCGGUCGGUAUCAUUCUCGCCCGACGGCCGACUGCUAGCAUCCGGCUCUAGCGAUAGGACAGUCAGACUCUGGGACACUAUAGCAGACGUUAUUCAACAGCCCCUCGAGGGCCAUUCAGAUUCGGUUCUGUUAGUGGUAUUCUCACCUAACGGCCGAGUGCUAGCAUCUAGCUCUUAUGAUAAGAUGGACAUUGCGACCGGCACUCUACAACAAACACUCGAGGGUCAUUCAGGCUGGGUUGAGUCGGUAGCAUUCUCACCUGACGGCCGGCUGGUGGCGUCCGGCUCCAGUGACGAGACAAUCCGGCUCUGGGACAGUGCGACCGGCACUCUACUACAAACACUCGAGGGUCAUUCAGGCUGGGUUCAGUCGAUAGCAUUCUCACCUGACGGCCGGCUGAUAGCGUCUGGAUCUUAUGACGAGACAAUCCGGCUCUGGGACAUUUCGACUAACACUCUACAACAAACGCUCCAGGGUCAUUUGGGUUGGAUUCAAUCGGUAGUAUUUACGCCCGACGGCCGGCUGGUGGCGUCCAGCUCCAGAGACAAGACAGUCCGGCUAUGGGACACCACGAGUGGUGCCUUGCACGAGACCGUCGGCGUCAACGGAGUAGCCACUAACCUCGAAUUCCUGCAAGAUGGUUUACGUUUGAGGACUAGUCUAGGAUUCAUCGAGUUUCAGACCAGAUGUGGCAAACAUGCCUCCAAAUCGCCUCUGCUCUGA